CGUCGUCCGCAGAGAGGAAGGUCAGGAAGAGCCCUCUCUGGCUCUCUCCGGGACAGCAUGAUGAUCUUGCUGUGAAGCCCUGGACAAUGGAAUCAUACAUCACUCCCCUGACAUUUUAGAAGAACCAUGUCAACCUGAUCUUAGAACACCAGAAGAAAGGACAAGCUUCCAGCCAUGGGUUGGUUCCAGGUGAUGCUGCUUCUCUUUGCUUUGCUGCUGCAAUCAAUGCCCUCAGAAGGAAAGGAUCCAGCUUUUACUGCGUUGUUAACCAACCAACCACAAGUUCAAUUAGAGAUUGUAGGUAAACACAAUGAACUGAGGAGAGCUGUUAAUCCCACUGCCAGCAACAUGCUAAGAAUGGAAUGGAACGUAGAAGUAGCAGGAAAUGCUCAAAAGUGGGCUAAUAAGUGUACUUUAGAACACAGUAAUGCAGAAGACCGAAAAAUCAAGACGAGAUGUGGUGAGAAUCUCUAUAUGUCAAGUGAUCCUACUCCUUGGACAACCGCAAUUCAAAGCUGGUACGAUGAAAGUGAAAAUUUUACUUAUGGUGUAGGAGCAAAACCCAAUACAGCAGUUGGACAUUUCACUCAGGUUGUUUGGUAUUCAACCUACAAAGUUGGCUGUGGAAUUGCUUUCUGUCCCAACCAGGAUACCCUAAAGUACUUCUAUGUUUGCCAAUACUGUCCUGCGGGCAACAAUGUGUUGAAAAAGAGCACUCCUUACCAGCAAGGGCUACCUUGUGCUAGCUGUCCUAAUAACUGUGACAAGGGACUGUGCACCAAUAGCUGUGAGUUUGAAGAUAACCUUAGUAACUGUGAGUCCUUGAAGAGCUCAGCAGGCUGUGAACACGAGUUGCUCAAGGAGAAGUGCCAGGCUACCUGCCUGUGUGAAGGCAAAAUUUAUUAAGAUGUCCAGGAGUACAUGCAAGGGGAUGCAGCCUUUAGCUGAGACAUGCCAGAGAAACCUAUAGCAGAUUAAUGAAAAGUUGGACCCCAAGUGACAAGGCUUCUUCCAUCCCUGGAUUUAUACAGAAAUCUCUUUCAUACAGCAAUUUAAAAAAUGUCAUUUAGGAUGACAGUUUUGGAUUAUGACCAACGUUGGUGUUUCAAAUGUAGUGAACUGAAUCGAGUGGAGAAUUUUGAAAGUUGUAUGAACACAGAUCAUUCAUCACUAGAAUUUUGAAAGAGAGAGAGAGAGAGAGAGAGAGAGAGAGAGAGAGAGAGAGAGAGAGAGAGAGACAUAUGUGUCCUCAAACAACUUGCAAUGGAUUAAUGGGCUGUAGUAACGUCACCAUCAACCUACUUUACUGUGUCUACCAGGAUGUAUUUUCUUAUGUCCUUUUAAUUAAACACAAGUAAUCAUCAUUUUCAAUAAAGAACUCAAGCAACUACA